AUGGUUGUGGUUAGCCCGGCUGCAGCUCCUUCCGAUGUCGAUGAUGAUGCGAGCGACACCCAAAACGACACGCAAAAGGAGGCGAUUGUGCAGAAACUUUGGGAUGCUGCUGAUUCUGUUGUUUCAACCACUGUUGGUCAAAAAUCCACCACUGAUCUCAUCACUCCAACACCACAACCUACAAAGCUUCUCAAAAGAAAAAGAGAAACAGCACAGGCUGCUGAUGAAAAGUAUGAUCCUGUUGCGGCUAAGUAUCCAUUGGAAUUAGAAGCUGUGAAAAAUGAGAUGAAGCAGUUUUACACCAUAGAUGAUUUUACAAAAAGGAAAUUUCCUUCUCUCAUAGGUUUCAUAAUUCCAGAAAACAUCAAUGAAUAUCUUGAAACAAAAGCAAGACAAGCAAGGAUAAGAGCCAAAGUUGAAUGCAAGGAUCAAGACGAUGAAGCCAUUUUGAAAAGAAGGGAAUUUCUGCUCAACAAGGUCAAACAAAUAGCAGAAUAUGCAAGUGAAUUGAACAAAGAGGUGUCAAGCUUAUUUCCUAAAGCAGAACAACGAAAUGAAUUAAGAAAGGAAUAUCUUGCAUACAUAAUGAAAGAAAAGUUCUAUUCUGCUGAAGAAACAGAGUUCAAAGACUACUGGCCAUUCAUUGCAUUGAAGCUUGAAGCUGACAGAAUUGAAAAGAUUAAACUUGAUCCACGGAAGAAAAAGACAGCUCCAAAUUGGAAUAAAUACAACAAAUUCAUAGCUGAUCUUAUUUCCGAGCAUAAAAGGAAGAAGCAGGAGUUGGUGAAGGCUUCAUCAGAUUUUUCUGCCUUUGCUGAGGCAAUAGCACUGCUCACAAAGACAUUUAGGCAAAGGCUAAGAGGGGGAAGUGGUAAGUUUCAGAAAAGUGAUAGAGGGAGGAUGGAAGGAAAACCAAGGGAAAAGGGGAAGACAGAAGUUGUUUGCUAUAAAUGUAGACAAAAGGGGCACUAUGCUUCUGAAUGCAAGAAUAAGAAGCUAAAGGAUGUGGCAUACUAUGAAAAGAAGCUUGAAGAAGCUAAGAAACAACAACAGAAAGUUAGCUUAAUUGCAGGUACUGAUACUUGGUUAACCGAUUAUUCUUCCGAUGAAAAAGAGGAGGAAAUGGCUAAUUUCUUUCUGAUGGCCACAACUUCUGAUGGUUGCUCCACAUCAUGA